CAAUGCCGGCGGCUCUCGGGUCCACAGGCCCAAGGAAUGGCCAGCUCUCCCAGCUCUCUGGGACUGUCUCUGUUGGUAGGAUUUUAUUAAGGUAUCUUUUAAACUCCGAACUCUGGUUAUUUACGUCCACAAACUUUGUGCCGCCAGCCAAUAUUUAGGAACCUGGGAUUUAGUGUUGGAGUAAAACAGCUGAAAAUCCUUGCCCGGGCUUUUCCUUGUGGUGGGGAGAGACCGUAGGGGCGGCGGGGGAGGGGGUCCAGGUUUCCUUCUGCUGAACCUCACCGCGGUCAGCCGGUGCCCAGGACCUCCGCCCCUCCUCUCCUCCCCUGCGGUCGUUUACUUAGGACCAGCUGCCCACAAGCCCAUCAAAGGCAGAGAAUUUGAACUUGCCUCAAGGAUCAGCACCUGAGGACAAAAUGUAGGACGACGGUGUCCAUGUCACCCUUCCAGUAUGGAACGUUGCAAAGAUAUGCAAAUAUAUUGUCUGCCUUGUGCUACCUCCCGGGAAGUGCUUUACCUGAGAAUGACCACCAGAGGACGACAAGAGCCAAUCUUCCUGGCCCAGAGCCAGCCUGUCAAGGCAGCAGCAUGAGCAGCCCCCAGCCCACCUUGUCAGAGCUAAGCCCUGCUGAGGGAACCGGUGACCCAGCAGGGAAGGCAGUGGGGAAUGCCCGGGAGAAGGGCCCUCGACUGGGCCCACGGCUGCCCUCCAUCGUGGUGGAGCCCAGUGAGGCAGGUGCUGUGGAAAGUGGGGAGCUGCGCUGGCCCCCUGAGGGCACCCAAAGGGGUGCCCUUCAGAGCCAAGUUGUUGCUGCUGCCCCCUCCCCGAGUCUACCGGGAACACCAGGGAAGGCAGCGGAUGAUGUUGGCAGUGAGUGUGCCAGCUCCAGGGAUCAGGCCUCUGGUCCAGUGACAGAGAAAGACAUGGGGGGCUCUGCUCUCUGACUGCGAAAAGGGCCUUAGUCCCAGUGUGGCUGGGCUGUUGCACAGAGAAGGCUUGUCCUUCCCAGACAUCCCGUUGGCAGAGCUUUCUGUCUCACCAGGUCUGGCCAGGACCUCAGCCCCUGCCCUUCCCCUCCAAGGCCCAG